UACAUUUGGAUACAAAGGAGUGACCAGGUCCAGGACCACACUGUUUUCCUCCAAUGUAAGGUGUGCCGUUACUGGACUCAGUGUACAGUGAACCACAUUGGGGAUUAACAGAUGACACUUAUGCAGGUAUUUACUUUAAUAUUUAUGAAAAUCUAAUUUGACACAAAUGUUAACAAGGGCGAUGCUAAGAUUUGGGGGCACGGAACAUUCCAUUUCUGCUCAGCUUAUAGGAAAGGGCGCCUAACGCUUAAAGCUAGGACUACGAUCCACCAGUGGGUACCGCCCCCCGUUAGCCCCACCCCCACCAAAGCCAGCUUCCUUGCUAUUGGUUCCUUUCCCCGCGCCUGCGGUUGCCGUGGAGACCAAGGCUAUGGCAACCAGGAGAAGCCAAAGUUGGUCGAGUCUCUGGAACCGCGGAGGGGUCCGGGACGCGCAGCCCGACUCCGACCUGUGCUCAUGGCGCUCCACGAACUCUUUUCUCACCCGGUGGAGCGCGGCUACCGCGCGGGGCUCUGCUCCAAGGCCGCGCUGUUCCUGCUGCUGGCCACCGCCCUCACGUACAUCCCACCGCUGCUGGUGGCCUUCCGGAGCCACGGUGAGCCUGCCUGAAGGCCAGUGCGCGACAGGAUUCUCCCCGGUGCUCCCGCCGGCCUCCCUAACCUCUUCCCCUCUGCCUCCUGCCCUCUUUACCUCAGGGUUUUGGCUGAAACGGAGUAGCUACGAGGAGCAGCCGACCGUACGCUUCCAGCACCAAGUGCUGCUCGUGGCCUUGCUGGGACCUGAGCACGCGCACGGCGGAUUCCUGGCCUGGAGCACGUUCCCUGCCUUCAACCGACUGCAGGGGGAUCACCUGCGCGUCCCGCUCGUUUCGACUAGAGAAGAAGACAGGAACCAGGAUGGGAAGAUGGACGUGUUACAUUUUAAACUGGAGCUUCCCCUGCGGUCCACGGAGCAUGUCCUUGGUGUGCAGCUCAUCUUGACCUUCUCCUACCAACUACACAGGAUGUCGACCUUUAUGAUGCAGAGCAUGGCGUUUCUCCAGGCCUCCUUCGCGGUUCCGGGGUCCCAGUUAUAUGUGAACGGAGACCUGAGGCUGCAGCAGAGGCAGCCUCUAAGCUACCGCGGCCUAGACGUGCGAUACAACGUAUCUGUGAUCAACAGCAGCAGCCCUUUCGCCCGGGACUACGACCUCACCCACAUUGUUGCUGCCUAUCAGGAAAGGAACGUAACCACCAUCCUGACCAACCCCAACCCCAUCUGGCUGGUGGGAAGGGCUGCAGAAGCUCCAUUUGUAAUUAAUGCUGUCAUCCGAUACCCUGUGGAAGUCAUUUCUUAUCUCCCGGGAUUCUGGGAAAUGAUAAAGUUUGCCUGGGUCCAGUAUGUCAGUAUCCUGCUCAUCUUCCUCUGGGUGUUUGAAAGAAUCAAGAGGUUUGUGUUUCAAAAUCAGGUGGUGACCACAGUCCCUGUCACAGCAGGGUCGCAGGGAGAACCAUACAAGGAGCACUUAUCCUAAGAAGACCCUUUCGGAAAACUCUAAGCCGGACCCUGGCUGUCUCACCAUUGCCUCCCGAGACCUGCCAUGUUACGAAAUUUCUAAAAAGAAGCCCUGGACACUUGCCCGCCUCUGUGAUUUCCCGUGUCGGAGACAAAGAACAAUCCUGUCUCAUUAUCCUCUACACAAAUGCCAUAUCUUCUAAGCGCCUACAAAAAUAAUCAGGGACUAGUUUGUGGAAACGGGCUGAGGGUUCCUGAAGGCUGUAAUUUGCUUUGGUUUUUGUUUUUGGAUUUUUUUUUUUUUUUUUUUUUUUUUUUUUUGCCUCAGACUUGAAUGUCAGGAGAAAACCCCAGUCAGUUCAGACCUCUUGGAAAGAGUCCCAUCUCUGGUCAAGCAAAGACUUUUCCUCCCUUGAACUGAGAAAAGCGCUCUGCAUUUCUUUCCCCCCAGUGUCCACCACGGUUCUUACUCCUUCCAGGGCCCCCUGGUGAUAGAUAUGCAAAUCACCAGCACUUUGCCCUCCUGGGCAUCGACGUUUCCCAUUCAGAACUCGUUUCCAGAACUGAGAGGCCUUUAACCGGACCCCUGGAGCGAAACCGGGGAGCGCUCCGGAGCACAUGUGUGCACGUGCGCCAGGGUGGGCGACUUGAGGUCACCAGGACCAUCCGUCCACCUGCCCUGAGCCUAACAGACAGUCGUCUGUCAGCAGCCCAGCUCAACAGCCCUUUAUCCCUGCCCUGCUGUGCCUGGCUCUCGGCCCUCCGUCUGUGCCCCUGGAAUAGCGGGCUGCGGUCCGCCGGGCUGGUUCAUUCACAAGCCCCUUGGCCCCGGUGGGGGAAGUAAGGAGCCUAACAACAGCUUCUUUCUCUCUGGCCCUCGCCCAACAGCCUGGACACUUGCCACUCCUUCUCCUUGACAGCCCUCCCCUUCUUGAAAAGGACACGGGGGACAGAGGCGCUGUUGUUGCUGUGGGCUCCCCCUGCCUGACAACCACAGAGUUUACUUGCAGGGCCAGCAGGACGCCCAUCAGAGGGGGCCGCUUUGGGGAGGACCCCCGAGGAGCAGGGAGGGGACGAAAAGGAUGCUAGCCCGGGGAGUCCAAGCCACUUAGCGGAGUGACACACAGUCCAGCCAAAUUACCCUCAUGACUAAGUGAGUGUCUGCAGACGAGGCCACUGGAACCAGCCUCUGUCGCCUGUGGAACAACUGACCUCGCCCUAAGGACUGCUGGACCUGCUUUGUGACACCGAGAUGUCACUGGCACUGGAAGGACAUGGCUUCUGUGACCUACACUUCAUGCCCAUCCACACACACACACACACACACACACACACACACACACACACACACUCAUGGGCACAUGGCAUGCCUCAGUUUCCCCUGGAGACUCAGGUCUUACUUCCCAAGCACCUCUUCUUUCAGGCUGACCAAAAUAAAGAGUUUUGGAAACAAAGCGCCUUUGACGUAUUCACGCACAAAAACA